UGACAGGAAGAGGAAGUUACAGUUUCUGUGGUUGGUGUUGCCUAAACUAAAUCACUCUGGUGCUGUCAUGGACGAGCUCGACAUGCUGCUGGAGGAGUUGGCGGCAAACACCACGAAAAAGGACUCGGAUAAAAAGCUCAGCCUGAACUUGUCUGCUCAGACCUCAGGUACCGGUGCGACAUCAGGACAAAGCAGCACUCAAAAUGUGUACAGUCAAUUGCCUGCUCGGACCUCGGCCGAGGUGAUGAGUCCUGGGACGGCCACUCGAGAACUGGACUCCAUCAUGAAUGAAAUGCUGGGGCUGAACCUGGAGGUCUCAGAUCUGCUAUCAUUUGCUCCGAAGUCUGAAAAAGACAAAAAGUCAGAAGACAAUAAAGAAACCACAGGAAACAGUGCGCAGGACGUUCCAGCAGAAAAGAACCCGUCCAAGGACAUGGACGCAAUCGACAACCUGCUAGGAACACUGAGCUCAGAUAUGGAGAAGAUGGGAGUGCGCACUAUGGCCAAGGGACACUGUGCUUCCUGUGGGAAGUGCAUUGCUGGCAAGAUGAUCACAGCUCUGGGGCAGGUGUGGCACCCGGAGCACUUUGUGUGCGUGGUGUGUAAAGAGGAACUCGGCAGUAAAGGGUUCUUUGAGCGGGACGGGAAGCCGUACUGUGAGACCGACUACCAGAACAUGUUCUCACCACGUUGUGCAUACUGCCAAGGCCCGAUUUUACAGAACAUCCUCACAGCCAUGGACCGCACGUGGCAUCCAGAACAUUUCUUCUGCAGUCAUUGUGGAGAACGAUUUGGAAAUGAUGGAUUUUUGGAAUGUGAGGGGAAGCCGUAUUGUCCCAAAGAUUUUUACUCGUUGUUUGCUCCGAAGUGUUCGGGAUGCGGAGAGCCAGUUAAGGAUAACUACCUCUCAGCGGCAAACGGCACCUGGCACCCUGACUGCUUCGUCUGUGCUGACUGUCUGAAGCCGUUUCCCGAUGGCUGUUUCCUGGAGCUGGACGGUCGCCCCAUGUGCUCCCAGCACUACCACUCCAGGAUGGGGAUGCUGUGUGCCACGUGUAACUCCCCCAUCGUCGGCCGCUGCAUCUCGGCUCUGGGACGCCGUUUUCACCCCGAGCACUUUGUGUGUGCUUUCUGUCUGCGUCAGCUCUCUCAGGGAGUCUUCAAGGAGCAGGCUGGGAAACCUUACUGCAACACCUGUCACAGCAAACUCUUCCUAUGAUAUCACAUGGAUAUGGAAAGAAAAGACAAGCGAAAACAAAAUACCGUAUGAUACAGCAGGCUUAUUAAGUAGAACAUAUUAGAAUUCCUGAUAAACAUAGCUUAAAAAAACCUUUCUCUGUGUUCAUAACCUUCUGAGAAGUUACGAGUCGGGAAGUCGUAAUUAUGCCGUCAAGUCACUUCGGUCGAUCGUUAAAAAAUGUAAAUGAAUAAAAAAAUAUUGUUUCA